UUCGUGACCUUUCACCCCAGCAUGGCUGCGCCCUUGGGACCAGUGAAAUUCUGGAAACCCGGUAAGGCACGGCAGGGAACCUGAGUAGAUGCGGCGACGUGACUUUCGGCUUGGGGACCCGCCCUUUGGCCUGACCCGGGAGGGCUGGGCACCACUCCUCUGCGCGCGUGGAUGCUGCAGCCCAUGGUGGUCCAGAGGAAGUCAAGGCCUCCCUAACCUGGGCGGCAACUCUGGGUGACCUUGUUCGAGUUUCUCAGCCUCCUCCGCACCUCUUGAGAUGUAGAGUCCUGAGGCGGCCCAUGUGUGUUUUGCUGAUGCCCUGGGGCUGCAUUGGGGUUCGCCAGGCGGUGCAACUCAAUGGCUUAGAAGCUUGGGUCAGAGUGCCCGGGUUCAAGCCCGCCCCUUUACCUUGCAGCCAUAGAUGGAGGACCUUGAGCUUCUGCGUUCAUCCCUCUGAGCAUUGCUCCCCUCACCUGGGAAGUGGGCAGAAUACGAACACCUGUCCUGUGGGCGUUGAGUCAGGAGUAUGUGGUCGAACUUAACAGCUCAUAAAAGAGAAAAUGCAUUCCAGUGUUUUAGGGUAGGUUUGCCCACUCUGAAUGUUUACCACAAAGUGAACGCCCUCCCUCCUGUUGGCUGUUACUCUUCUUGUCUUGUAGGCUAACAAGUCACCAUCACAAAAUCCUUUGUCUUUGCAUUUUCUCAGGUCAGGUUCUUGUUGAAUUAUACAUACCAGACCGUGCUCCAUGUAGGAUGUUUCCUUUUGUCUGUGUCUUUCUUAUAAAACCAAACCAAAACAAAACAGAAGACUGUUUCUUAACUGGUAGCAGCCUCUGCCCUUACUUUUUCUUUCUUUCUUUUUUUUUUUUUCGGAGCUGGGGACCGAACCCAGGGCCUUGCACUUCCUAGGCAAGUGCUCUACCACUGAGCUAAAUCCCCAACCCCUGCCCUUACUUUUUCUUACAUAUUUUCCAUUUUUCCUCCAUCUGCACUCCAGAAGAUAUAGAUGAAUACAUUAUAUUGUGAUUAAGAUCGUUUGAGACAGAAAAGGCAACAAGGGACAGCUUUUAAUGGAUGUUUUACGUGGCCCCUGGAAUUCUGACCAUGUGCCUGUUAGAGAAAUAAACUCACGGAAGUGACACAUAAUUCUUUUUUUAAAAAAAAUAUGACCUGGGUAUGGUAAUCCGUGGCUGUAAUGCCAACACUUGGAGGCAGAGGCAGGAAGUGAGUUUGAGCCAAGUCUGGUCUACAUUCCAGGACAACCAGGGCCACAAAGACAUACCCUGUCUCCUUUGUUUGCUUGGUGACAAUUUCAUUAGUCAGCAUUUCCAGGCAUCAACCGAUUGUCCACCCAUUUACUUAAUCAAGUGUUUAUCAGCAUACCAAAGAGUUAAGUCCUAUAGAGGCUUAGAUAAGUUGUCAAAACUCAGGUCAGGGUACUUUUUUGGUUAAAGAACCUGGAACUACUCUACAAGUCUGUCCCAUUGUUUAGUUCAUCUUGUAUAUUGAGAGUCCACUUCUGUAGUCAGUUGGGUUAUGAACACGUCCUGGGGCUCAGCUCUGGAGAUGUAGACUCUGAAGUUACAUGUCCAUGAGAAGAAAUGCUAAGCAAAGCAGAAGGGGUGCUGAUAGGGAAGAUGGCCGCAAGUACCAGACUGCAGUGCCUUCCCUGCCUACCACUUACUAACUUGGUGACUUGCUGGGGCACAUAAAUGCUCCAAGUCUCUGUUCCCCUCUCGGUAACUUGUCAUAAUAGGAUUGCUGUGAGGAUUAAAUGAAACAAUGCACAAAACACCUGUGGCACUAGAUACACAGUUAUUAUAAUUAUAUAAAAGCAGAGAGGAGGGAGGGGAAGCUCGGCGUGGCGAAUUGACUGCGUCGCAGAGAUGGUAAUGGUUUUGGAGUGAACACUAAGGGGCGAAGAAAGUUCGUUAUGGUUUGUUUAUGGUGAGGUGGGGAAUGGCUCUCAAGGGUUUGUUUCUUAAGGAUGUCCCCCAACCCCCAAUAAUGGAGUACUGUGAUGGUAUUACAUGUCAGUAUAUUUUGGUGUGUGGCAGGAGAUGGUGCUGGAAAGGUAGGAAGGGACUUCAUCAUGAAAUGUCUUUCAAGAGUUAAAAGAAUUUGAGCUUCUGGCCCAGUGAGGUGGCCCAGAGGCAAAGAUGCUUUCUGUGAGAGCCUUAUGACACUAGCUUGAUCACUGUAACUCAUGUAAGGGUGGAUGGAGCGGCUCUACAAAGUUGUCCUUUGACCUUCACACGUGUGCAUGUUCUCUCUCUCUCUCUCUCUCUCUCUCUUACACACACACACACAUACACACACACACACACACACACACACUUACUUUAAGUAAAUUAAAAAAAAAAAAAGGGCUUCCUGCUUUAACCCUGGCAAUGAUAUGUUAAGAAGGCUACUCUUAAGAGAAGUUACUACUAAAAUGCAGGAUGGAUGUCGAGCCUCAAUUAUAGCAUGGGAGCUGACAGAGAGCCUAUUAGAUACUUGAGCAGUAAAGAGAGGAGAAGGUAGAGACAGUGAUAAUCUUGCAUUCUGGAUAGGGUGACUGUCUAGUUAAGCAGGGUCUGGAUUGGGUGAUGGCUUAGGUAAAUGAGUUUCAAAUUUUGCUGUCUUGUUGAAUCACUUGGAAAAUUAAAAAAAAAAUUCAGCCCUUUUGUUAUUAUUGUCAAGAAAUCAGGAACUAGGUAGCAGUAUUUUUAAACAUUUCAGGGGCUUCUGGCAUGCAGCAAAGUUGGGGACCCACUGGCCCAGGUAUACGGUUUUCAUUCACUGAUAUUUGAGUAGCUUUGGUGGGUUCUGAGCCCUGGGAAAUCACUUUCACUUACAGCAUCUUAUCAGCUAGUAACAACAUCUCUUUGAUGAAUGAUAUUCUCACAUAUGAGCAAAAAGUUCCAGAUACGAAGUGAGUUGUGGGAAAUGCAGGUCAGGGAGGUGGUUGGAGCUGAGUGUAAGGUCAGAUCUUGGAAUCAGGGGCAUGUUCUAUAGGCCCAAAGUCACAGGCUCUGAUAACUAUAGGGCCUUUUAGACAAACUGAAUAAGGGGAGGUGUGUAAUGGACUAAUACGUGGUGGAUUGAAGGGUUGUAUUGGGGACAUGUGUGCACUGUACAGAUGUACAUCCGAACUUGCACAUACUGAACCACACUCCACCUGAUUGUUAUCGAAGGGUUCAGAGUUGGAAUUUUUUUCUUCUUUAAAAAAAAGACAGGGUCUUCCUCUUAGCUUAGGCAGGCUCUAAUCCUGUGAUCCUCCUGCAUUAGGCUUCUGAGUAGCUGGGAUUACAGACCCUUGGCAAAACGUAGCUCUGAAAUGGGAAAUUUUUAGUUGAUGUUUUAAAUGCAGUAUUUUUCUGAGUGUAGUGGUACACGCCUGUAUUUCCAACACUUGGAAGGCUGAGGCGGGAGGAUUGAAAGCUCAAGGUUAGCCUGAGCUUUGUAGUGAGUUUCAGGCUAUCCUGAACUACACAGCAAGACCCUGUCUAAUAAAACCAAACUGACAAGAAACAUCUCCCCAUUACAAGCCAACAAGAAAAACCAUUUAAAAUUGUUUAGUCAUGGUGUAAACGGAGAGCUUAAAUUUCUCGUUUGUGACCUCUAACUGACCUUGUGUGAUCUGCCUGAAGUUUUCCCAAAAAGAAGGCUCACUUUAUUCCCUGGCACCCAUGGGUGGUCAGAAGGGCCCGUCCAUUUUGUUUUCUUACUCAGUAUUUAAUGGUGACUGUCCUUGUGCCUUGCAAAAGCUUUAUUGGCUGCUUGAGGAUUUUUUCCCCCUACUUGAUUCAUGGUAAGAAUUGUGCUGUAUGGCUGGGGAGAUGGUUCAGUGGUCAGAGCAUUUGCUGUUCUUGCAGAGAACCCCAAGUUUAGUUCCCAGCACCCAGGCCCAGUGGUUCACAACUGCUUAUGACUUUAGCUCUAGGAUAUCCAACACCCUGGAAGGGGUUCUGAAUUGGGUGCUGUUGUCAGCCUUGUUUUACAGAUGGGGGAAUGAAAGCAUUAAUGGUUUUCGAAAAUUGCAAACAUGCUACUUCCUUAAGCAUGCCACACACUCCCAAUUUAAAAGCUGCCAUAAACAGAGUGGGCUGCGGGGUGUGUAGGCAGCCUGGGGUUCCGUUCGGCUGAAUGGAGUCUUUUGUAAAGAGAAGAAAAGCUCGUGUAUCUGUUCAGCAGCUGUCCUUGUAAAAGUUCCUAACAGCUGUAGGUUAGAGACAAGAGAGGCCCCGGGAGGGCUGUGACCAGUGUGUGGGAGGAUGCAGAACUCACAGGAAGUGUUCAGAUACUCCAGAUACAAUGGCAUGGUUUAAAUGUUUUGAGAAGAGGGGUGUUCUGAACAAAAACAGGGCAGAAGAGGAUACAGUGUUCUCUGCCGCGGUUUGAAUUGGGAAGUGGGAUGGAGCAGUGGAAACAGGAGGACUCAGUUUGGGUUGGGAAGUGGGAUGGAGCAGUGGAAACAGGAGGCCAUGAGACCUGCUUUCCAGCCCAGGCUUUGGUCCAGGCUCUGCUCUGUCUCUUCUCUGGCUGGAGAGAGAUUAGCAUUUGGCAGAUGUAGCAGUGCCCCACUUACCUGCUUGUUGGCAGCUGUGUUCCUGGACGUUCCUGGAAUAGGGCUGGAGAUGAACUGCUGAGCCUUGAACUUGCUUUGAGGAGUCUGCAGACCCAGCAUCUUCUGUUCAGAUGAAUCAUACUCUUGCUUUUUUCUUGGCAGAAGUUCAUGCAGACCUUUAAUUCCAGCAGUUGAGAGGCAGAGGCAGUUGAAUCUCUCUCUGAGUUUGAGGCCAGCCUGGUCUACAGAGUGAGCUGUCUAGGACAGCCAGAACUGCACAGAGAAACCCUGUCUAAAAAAAAAAAAAAAAAAAAAAAAAAAACAAACAAAACCCACAAGAUUUAUUUUUAUGUUAUAUUUUGAGUGGUUGCCUGCAUGUGUGUAUGUGUACUGUCUUAGUUAGGGUUUUACUGCUGUGAACAGAAGCUAUGACCAAGGCAAGUCUUAUAAAGGACAUUUAGUUGGGGCUGGCUUACAGGUUCAGAGGUUCACUCAGUCCAGUAUCAUCAAGGCAGGAGCAUGGCAGCAACCAGGCAGGAAUGGUACAGGAGGAGCCGAGAGUUCUACAUCUUCAUCUGAAGGCUGCUGGUGGAAGACUAACUUCCAGGCAGCUAGGGUGAGGGUCUUACGCCCACGCCCACAGUGACACACCUACUCCAACAAGGCCACACCUUCUAAUAGUGCCAUUCCCUGGGCCAAGCAUAAACAAAUCAUCAUGUGCACUAUGCAUGUGCUUAGUCCUCAUGGAGCCAGAAGAGGCUGUUAGACCCUCUGGAACUGGAGUUAAUGGACAGUUGGUUGUGAGUCACCUUGUGUGUACUAGGAACGGAACCCAGGAGAAGCAACUGCUUUUAACCACUGAGCUAUGUCUCUCCAGUCCAUUUCUACCUUUCAACUUAGUUUCUUAGAGUAUUAUUUUUAUGUGUGUGGAUUUUGACUGCAUGUUAAUCUGUGCACCACGUGUACCAUCUGGUGUCAGAUCCCAUGGAACUGGAGUUACAGAUGGUUGUGAGCCAUCUUGUGGGUACUGGGAGCUAAACCUGGUUCCUCUGUAAGAGGAGCAAGUGCUCUUUACCACUGAGCCAUCUUGCCAGUCCUAUCUCAACCUGGUUCUGUCCUUGGAUCACAGAGACAAGUUGGCACGAGAAGAAGGAAAAGCUGAUCAUAUGGGACCCAUACUUCUCCAUGGGAUCAGCCUUCUUGAUUUGUCAUUGUUCUGAGCAAGAUGCUGUGGCUGUCUGUGGAUUAAUCCACCCUGCCAUGUUUCUUGGACUGCCAUUUCCCUUGUAUCUACCCUAGUUGUGGGCAGUUGCAUCAGGGUAGGCCUUGCUUCUAAGGCGGAUGGGAGUCCCCCAUGGUCCAAUAUAAAGAGCCUCCACUGCUGUACACAGCCCACACCGAGAGCUCCAAGUCCUACUUCCUGGCAGUUACCUGUCAUUCUUGUUAUAUCAUGUUACUGGGAGGCAGCCCGUGAGAGGCAAUGAAUCCGUGAGGGUCAGUCUGCAUCUGUGCUGCCCGGGGCUGGUUUCUAGUGCUCAGAGCAGUGCUUGCCCUGAAGCAUUUGCAGUCUGUCUUGUAAGUGGGUGCUUGGAUGGCUGGCAGUCAGCUGCGGGCUGAACUCUGCCAGCAACAGCCUGUGGAGAAACUACCCCUCGGCCUCAAGGUUCCGGACUUAUCAAGAGAUACAGAGGUACAGAAGGGCCAGGUGUCAGCAUCUCCGAAGAGAGACAAAGUGUCACUGAGAACUCUGGGACAACCGUCAUUUACAAUCCCUACGCUGCCCUUUCCAUAGAGCAGCAGCGGCAGAAGCUGCCCGUGUUCAAGCUUAGGAACCACAUUUUGUACUUGGUAGAAAACUAUCAGACCGUGGUGAUUGUUGGAGAAACGGGAUGUGGGAAGAGCACCCAGGUCCCACAGUACCUGGCAGAAGCUGGCUGGACAGCGGAAGGACGAGUGGUUGGAGUGACCCAGCCUCGCAGAGUAGCUGCUGUGACGGUUGCAGGGAGAGUAGCUGAUGAAAGGGGUGCAGUGCUGGGCCACGAGGUGGGCUACUGUAUCCGCUUCGAUGACUGCACCGACCCACUGGCGACCAGAAUUAAGUUCCUUACAGAUGGCAUGCUGGUCCGAGAAAUGAUGGUUGAUCCAUUGUUAACAAAAUAUAGUGUCGUCAUGCUGGACGAAGCCCACGAGAGGACCUUGUACACGGACAUUGCUAUUGGCUUGCUGAAGAAGAUUCAGAAAAAGCGAGGGGAUCUUCGCCUGAUAGUGGCCUCAGCCACUCUGGACGCAGAGAAAUUUCGAGAUUUCUUUAACCAGAAUGAGACCAGUGACCCAGCCAGGGAUACCUGUGUGAUACUCACAGUGGAAGGACGGACAUUUCCAGUGGAUAUCUUUUACCUACAAAGUCCUGUUCCAGAUUAUAUCAAGGCGACUGUGGACACUGUGGUAAAAAUCCAUCAGACAGAGGGAGAUGGAGACAUACUAGCCUUUCUUACUGGCCAGGAAGAAGUAGAAACUGUCGUGUCCAUGCUGAUCGAGCAGGCUCGGGCGCUGGCUCGCACUGGGAUGAAGAAACACCUCCGGGUUCUCCCCAUGUAUGCAGGACUGCCUUCUUUUGAGCAGAUGAAGGUGUUUGAAAGGGUGUCACAUAGCGUCAGGAAGGUGAUCGUUGCCACCAAUGUGGCAGAGACUUCUAUCACAAUCAGUGGCAUUGUGUAUGUGAUUGACUGUGGCUUUAUGAAGCUUCGAGCCUACAACCCUAGGACAGCUAUUGAAUGCUUGGUAGUGGUACCAGUGUCUCAGGCAUCAGCCAAUCAGCGGGCAGGACGUGGUGGGCGCAACCGCUCGGGGAAAUGUUACCGCCUUUAUACAGAGGAAGCCUUUGAACAGUUGCCUCAGUCCACCGUCCCUGAGAUGCAGCGCAGUAAUUUGGCCCCUGUCGUCCUGCAGCUGAAAGCCCUAGGGAUUGACAGCGUCCUCAGGUUCCACUUCAUGUCUCCCCCGCCGGCACAGUCGAUGGUUCAAGCCUUGGAGCUGCUCUAUGCUCUCGGAGGUCUGGACAAAGACUGUCGCCUAACCGAGCCGCUUGGCAUGAGAAUUGCAGAGUUUCCUCUGAACCCCAUGUUUGCCAAGAUGCUGCUGGAGUCAGGGAACUUUGGCUGCUCUCAGGAGAUCCUGAGUAUCGCCGCCAUGAUGCAGAUCCAGAAUGUCUUCGUGUUUCCCUCCAACCAGAAGUCUCAGGCGACUCGAGUGCACCGGAAGUUUGCUGUGGAGGAGGGUGACCAUCUCACCAUGCUCAAUGUGUAUGAAGCGUUUAUCAAACACAACAAGAGCUCGCAGUGGUGUCAGGAGCAUUUCCUGAAUUACAAGGGUCUUGUCAGAGCCGCCACUGUGAGAGACCAGUUGAAAAAGCUCCUCGUCAAGUUCCAGGUGCCCAAGAUGUCCAGCGAAGGUGAUCCGGACCCGGUCCUGAGGUGUAUCGUGUCGGGGUUCUUUGCAAAUGCAGCACGGUUUCACUCCACUGGAGCAUAUAGGACUAUCCGUGAUGACCACGAGCUGCACAUCCACCCUGCCUCAGUCCUCUAUGCAGAGAAGCCACCCCGCUGGGUUAUCUACAAUGAAGUUAUACAGACCUCCAAGUACUACAUGCGAGAUGUGACCGCCAUAGAAUCUGCAUGGCUGCUGGAGCUGGCGCCUCACUUUUAUCAACAAGGAACGCAUCUGUCCCUGAAAGCCAAGAGAGCCAAGGUCCAGGACCAGUGAGCGGAGCUCAGCAAGUGGCUGCAGGGAUGCGGAGUGUGGCCUCCCUUCGUGUUGUCUCUGGCACCAGCUCAGGGGAACAGGCAGACACUGCUGUGGACCGUACCCUGCUCAUUACCCCCCUUUCUGCUCCCCUCAGCAUUUGCCGCCCUCACGGGGCCAUAGAGGAAUCUGAGCAUGGCCAGUGUUCUGCACUUCUCGUAGGCCAAGCAGGAGUUGGCUGGGCCAUGCUCUGGCCCCAGUCCUCGCUCUCAGCAGCCUGCAUGCUACUCCAGCAGGCCCCGCUCCUGGUCCAGCUCUGUGGUGAGGAAAGUGAAGGCCGAAGGUGGCGGAAGACCUGUGUAGACAGGACUCUCUUGGCCUCCCGUGUCUGCCUGCUGUGGCCACAGUUGUUGACUACUGAGGCUACUGCUGCUGUGUGUGUCAAGUAUGAAAGGAAAUGCUGGGUAUUUCUGUCAAUGUCACCAAAGCUGUGUCAGGCACAGGGGCUUCCAGACAAAGCAGCUUCUUCUUUCCUCCGCCCAUGCCCUGCUUAUCCGCAGUGGGAGACUUAGUGUAGUGAUGGUGGGCCACUCGGGACUCAGCCCGUCUUUGUUAGCCACUUGCUCUGCAAGUGGGCUUAGCUUUCUCUCAGAGCACGAUGCCAUAUCCUGGUGCCAGUCUGGGCGCCAGGGAAUGCUCACCAACCUCGACCCCGUGGGGCUUCUCUUUAGCAGGGAUUCACCACAGUUUAGAUGCCCUAAACUUGUGUAGCUCAGGAACAUAACUUGUAAAUUUAUCUUUAUUUGUCUGCUUGCAUUCUUGCAAGAACACAGGCAGCUCCCUGGGCACUGUUCCCACCGCACCGGGGUUGCCUUGCGGCGACAGCGCUGUCACUUCAGCGCACGGCAAGACAGACUUCUCCCGUACUGUCUCAAUGAUGUUUAUUUUGAAAACGUGGCUUGAAAGUUUAUUUUUGUACUGGUCUUAAUUUGGAUGUGUCACUUUUGGCACCAAACCUCUGUCAUUUUUAUUUCCAUUUUAUAAUGUGUAAAUAGCUGUGGAAAGUUGUUAACCGUAGUAAAUAUUUCUACCUGAGGGGA